AUGUCUCGCGCUCCCUCGCUCGCUCCAAGCCUUGCAGUUGAUUCAGUCUUUGUUGAAUCAGAAGAACUUACAACUCCACUCGUCAAAGGUUACGUACCAGACGACAAUGGCAAGUUCGAUUUCGACAAGAUGCUUGAACAGAUGAAGUACUGUGGUUUCCAAGCUACCAACCUUGGCCUCGCCAUAGAUCAGAUCAAUGAAAUGCUCCACUAUGACUACGAACCACAACCAGGAGAUGAAAAGAAGCUUUUCGGCCUUGGCGGUGGUGUUGAAGGUGUCAAGUACAAACCACGUGCCUGCAAGAUCUUCCUCGGCAUCACAUCAAACCUCAUUUCCUCUGGUAUGAGAGAUUACAUUCGCUUCCUCGUCAAGCACGCCUUAGUUGAUGUCGUUGUCUGCACAGCCGGUGGUAUUGAAGAAGACUUCAUCAAGUGCCUUGCUCCAACACACAUGGGCGAGUUCUUCCACGAUGGUCAUGAUCUCAGAAAGCGUGGUUUGAACAGAAUUGGCAACCUCAUUGUCCCUAACAAGAACUACUGCCUCUUCGAAGACUGGAUCAUGCCAAUCUUAGACAAGUGCCUCGAAGAACAGAACACACAAGGAACAAAGUGGACUCCUUCCAAGUUAAUUCACCGCCUCGGCCUUGAAAUCAACAACGAAGACUCAGUCUGGUACUGGGCUGCUAAGAACAACAUUCCAGUUUACUCACCAGCUCUCACUGAUGGUUCAAUCGGUGAUAUGAUUUACUUCCACUCUUACAACAACCCAGGACUCGUCCUUGACCUCGUUGAGGACAUCCGCGACAUGAACAACGAGCCCCUCUGGGCCACAAAGACAGGCUGCAUCAUCCUCGGUGGUGGUGUCGUCAAACAUCACAUCAUGAACGCUAACUUAUACAGAAAUGGCGCAGACUUCGUUGUUUACGUCAACACAGCUCACGAUUUCGAUGGCUCUGACUCUGGUGCAAGACCUGAUGAAGCUGUUUCUUGGGGUAAGAUUUCCCUUGAAGCUAAGCCAGUCAAAGUCUACGCAGAAGUUACACUUGUUCUUCCAUUACUUGUUGCAGGAUCAUUCUCUAAAUUCCUUGCUGAGUAA